AUGGGUUGCUAUACAGCAUUUGCUGUACUUUUCUGCCUACCUCACAUUAGAUCAUCCUCGGAGCUCAUCGUAUAUUGGAGAGUUCACCCUGGCCAGCGCUAUGGAGACGUGUCACUUGAGGUCCAAGUGGCGGACUACGAAGAAUGUUAUCAGAAAUGCUUGAAGUACGAUCCGUCCAGGCCAUGCCUCGGUUUCAAUUUUGGAAAACGUGAUGGCAUAUGUCAAUUGGUACCAUACGACCGAAGCGUCCUCGUUCCUUCUGAUGAGUUCCAGGCUUAUGUUCAAUUUCUGUGCCUGACUGACUACAUGAAGAUUGAGAAUGCGGAAGAAGCGUUUGAGGGAUGGACGGGUGAGUAUCCAACCUCACCGGGCGGCACGGUUAUCUUCACCUGUAAGCACCCGCAAGGAUUCAAAGACGGAUCCAAGAUGCACAAAGCUAUUUGUUCCUCUGUGAAACCUGAUGAAUGGUGCACGACGUUCGUGAACGAAGACAAGGCUCUUCUGUGCCCACCUAUAUGUGAGAUGAUGUAUCCUGAAUGCCGAUUGACGGAGAUGGGCAAAGAAUAUGUUGGGAGUAUGGAUGUAACUGAGUCAGGGAAGCAAUGCCUCGAAUGGGACUCCCCCAAACUGACUGAAAUAUACGAUGCCGAUUCAGGGGACAUGUUUCAGGAUGUUUUGUUCUUUGAGGAGCAUUUCUUGAACCAAGAUCCAUCUUCUCAUGUAAACUUCUGUCGGAACCCAACAUUAAAGGAGAGGCCAUGGUGCUUUGUCGAAGAAGAAGACAAAAUCCAUUCCGAGUAUUGCCAGAUUCCAAUGUGUGAUGAUUUAAUGAGACCCUUCGGGCACGGCCACAGUGGGAAAAACUUCUUACUGCGCAACAUUGAGUGGGAUGUUGGUUACCUGAGCAUCGCCAUCUCCACAUUCAUAGAACACAAUACACUGGCUGCUAAUGAGUAG